AACCCAUCUUCUGGGGAGGCUGAGCCACGUUAUGUAAGGCAGCAUGGAUUUUUGCGGCCUUCGAGGUCUUGUUUCCUUUGAGGCAUGAUUUAAGAAUCAAACAUCUUGAAUAAGAAACGAAAAAUAUUUUAGUUUGCGGCAUCAGAAUGCCACGGAGAAGAAAAAAUCUUGGGGGAAGUCCAUUUCGAAGAUCCUUAAACACUAAGGAAGUUGAUGCAGCCCGUGUUACUCCUCCUCCUUCCAUAUGUGAGACAGAAGUUGAUCAAAAUGACCUCUUCACCAAUAUUUCAGAGAUGUUUUCUGAUCUGGAUCCUGAUGUAGUAUACUUGAUGCUUUCCGAAUGUGAUUUCAAAGUUGACAGUGCAAUGGAUUGUCUACUAGAAUUAUCUUGCACUGAUACCAAGAAAGAAGAGUCAUCUCCAGAGAGCUCACUUGCUUCUGAGAGCCAAGAGUGUUUCACAGGAAGUAAAAUAAUGGAAAAGGAUCCUGAAAAAGAGAAUGUGAAUAUGCCGAUAACAGAAGCCUUUGAUUGCUUCAUGCAGGGUACUUCUGAGACACUGGACUCUUUUUCCAAUGGCCAAGUGUUCUCACCGUUGCCUUUGCAAGAUGUUGAUAAUUUGAAUGACCCAGGAAACCAAGGCUUUUUAAUGCCUGUUGUAGCCACAGCUGCAGACUGGAUACCUGCCAACUACCUAUUUCCAUCCCCAGUUAUUCCUCUUGCUUCUGGAACCCAUAAAGAGGGAAUGUAUGUUUAUCAAGAACAAGAAGCUCCAGUUUCUCAGAUUUUAAGAAAGAAGAAAACAUCUUAUGUCGGACAAGUACUUGUUCUACUCAGAGGGCUUCCAGGAUCAGGAAAAUCUUUUUUGGCCAGGACUUUGCAAGAGGAUAAUCCAGGUGGAGUCAUUCUCAGCACUGAUGAUUAUUUUUGUGUAAAUGGACAGUACCAGUUUGAUGUGAAAUACUUAAAAGAAGCACAUGAAUGGAAUCAGCAUUGUGCAAAAGAAGCAUUUGAGAAGAAAGUCUCGCCUAUAAUAAUAGAUAAUACAAACCUACAGGCAUGGGAGAUGAGGCCAUAUGUUGCUUUGUCUCAAAAAUAUAAGUAUAAAGUCCUUUUCCGUGAACCAGAUACUUGGUGGAAGUUUAAACCAAAGGAACUUGCAAGGCGUAAUAUUCACGGGGUAAGCAAAGAAAAAAUAGCAAGGAUGUUGGACCAUUAUCAGCACUUUGUUUCAGUGCCAAUAAUCAUGGGUUCUCUGAUACCCAGGAAAACUGAGCGCAUUGAGGUGUGUGUAUAUUCUUGUGAGAACAAAAGUACUAGCCCAAAAGUCAAUGAAGACUCUACCCUGGCGAGAGAAGGAAAUGUUUUAUCGUCAUCCUUGAAGGACCUAGACUUAACCGCAGAGAAGAAACUUGAAUUGACCAGGGACAUGGCAUUACAUGGGAGCAUUUCAUUUCUCACUGAGGCAAAUUUAGACCAAGGAAGAAAAGAAAUAAGUGGUGUGACUCCCAACAUUCAGAGUGCUUUCAUGCAGCAAGAUCUCGACAUGCCUUCUUCUGACCCUGAAAGCCACAUAUGUCCAGUAGUCAGAAGUGAAAAGGAAGAGCCAGGUGAAGGGGCUUCUGCAAAGCAAUGUAGUAAAACAGAUGGAGGUGGUUUGGUAGCAGGAGUAUCACUGAGUCAAGAAGACUGCAAUUUUGUCAAGACUACCCUACUUCAAACAGAAUGUUCUUUGCCCAGUGAAGCCUGGGAGGAGAGGCCAAUAGUAAAGCAAAAAGCCUUUGGGAAACAGCAAAGCAAAUCCAACUUGGAAACGUUCCCAAGACAUGAGGUAUCAGAUUUUGUUGGUGACUGGCCAGUUAAUAAGACUAUUAGUCAGAGGACAAAAAGGAACCGAAAAGAGGAAAAAGCUUCAUCUGCACAAAGUGACACAAAGUAUACUCCCCUUCAGGCACCCAGGCUGUGGGGUGCUAGUAUUUAUCUGGGCAGAGAUUGCAUCCAGGAUGGUAGAUCUGCACAUGAUAGUGUAGAGGAUGGCAAGAAGUUCUGGUGUGAUGAUGCCCCAGAAUCCUUCAACGGCAUCAAACAGGAUAUUUUUACAAGCACGUGGGAAAAUAUACCAAGCUCAUUGAACUCCAAGGACAGCUGGCCUCCAUUGGAUUCUUUAGCUCAGAGAAAGCCCAGAAGAAGAAUAUCAAAGGCUUGUGGCCAUGAACCUACUCUAGAAUUUGGAACUAGUGACCAUGGGAGUGAAAUGUCGUCCUGUACACCACGUGGAGGCACAAGCCCUAAAGAACAAGAAACCUUGAGUAGCUCCCUCCUAGAUAGUUCUGAAAUGCUAGCCAGUGAAGGGACCCCGGAGAGUAAAAUUUGUCUAAGAGAAGUGAAGCAUGACGAACAGGGCUCUCCAGGUCUGUCUUUCCUUGGUAGUGCACCCACGGGCCCUGGAGUAGUGGACGCACACACUAGAGCUGCGUUUCCUGAGGAGACCUCUAAAGGAGUCCCUGAAAUAGAAACAGGCACAGGCGUCUGUACCCAGACCGAACCACAGGAUUUUGCUCUCUUAUGGAAAAUCAAAAAGAGUCAGAUAAGUGUUUCUGAUUCCGUCGAAGUAUUAACAGGAAGACCCGAUGGAUUUAAACCGGAAGCCUUCAAUAUUAACCCAAAACUGGGUGGUCAAGAAAUGAUUCCAUACAGGGUAAUGCACGAGAAAAGCACGCACGUGGAAGAAAGUGAGCUGAUGGCUGCUGACGAUGCUGAAAAACUUGAUACCCUAUGUGAAAUAUUUGAGUCUGUGGCAUCAGAAGUCCUAGAAGACCUAUAUGAGAAGUGUAACAAAGAUAUUCUUUGGGCCACAACUCUCCUGUUAGAUUCGGAACAUAAAUUAUGUGAAUACACUGCCAGUGAUAAUCACCUAACAUCAAAUGACUCACCCACUGGGCCAUCUGGUGGAUUAGAUCCAGAGGCAACUGUUAUCCCAAAAGAUAUAACAGAGGGUUCUGAUUCAACGGUGCCAGCACUUGGUCCUGGAGCUGCCAUCAGCGACAUUCCCCCUCAGCCUGCCUUUCAAGGUGAAGUGGGAACCACAGAGCAGGCAGAGAGGCAGCAGGGAGAGACAGAGCUGGCCGAGAGGGAAAGGGGAGACACAGAGCAGGCAGAGAAGGAAGAGCAAACCAUAGAGCGGGAAGAGAAGGAAGAGGGAACCACAGGGCAGGCAGAGAUGAGUGCUUUAUCACCAUGUGCGGCUGGAGGUCUAAAGAGUGCUAGGCAGCCACUUCCGACUAGUCAGGGAGGGCCUUCUGGGAUACAGAGCAGGAAGCCGUCAUUUUCAGAUGCUUUAAGAACCACUACCACUAAGGAUAUGAGUGACACAGAGAAGCAACUGGUAGAGGUUGGAGACGGGAUGCAUUCUUUGAGUUUGUCUGAUACUUUAGACUCUGUGCCGAGCGCUACAAAUCUUGAAUCAAAAGAAGAAAAUAAUUUGACUGACCCUUGCGAGGUAAAGGGAAAUGAAAAUAUUCCAAAGGAUCAUGUGGGAUUUCAGACAAACACAGAAGAGUGUGUGGACAAAGAUGUGCGGGAAAUGGAGAAGAUUCUAAUGUCAGGGGAUAGUUUGUCAGCUGGAGUUAGUGAAAACGGGAAAACGGAGAUGAUGCGCCACACUCCAGUGACGGCCAAGCAUGUGACCAUAGAAUGUCUGGAAUUGGCAUUGCCCCUUGAGCUGGCAUUUCAGCUCUGUGAGUUAUUUGGCCCUGUUGGCAUUGAGUCAGAGUGUCUAACAGUUGAAGAUUGUAUCGUUCCUAUAGAUCUGAAUCUGGCUAAAGCAAUUUAUGAGAAAUGGAAAGACUCUGUGACGGAGAAGCAACGACAGGAAGAAAUAGCGAGUGGCAGACCUGUGCCAGAUCCUUCUCUGGUUGAGCAAAAAUCAUCUCAGAGAACAGGGAGAAAAAUGCAGAGGACUUUAGCAGCAUCUGAAAUGGUACCUGUACCGGACUGUUGGAAUACGCAGUAUAAAAUAGUGUCACUCAGAGAAAUAAUGUCAGAAGAAAUGGCCAUCCAGGAAAAGGAGAGCUUGAGAAGGCAGUCCCUUAUGUUUGUAAAAGAUUUUGCCACCAAACUGAAGGAGAAGGAACUGUUCAAGUUAUUUCCAACCAUUAACCAUAGCUUUCUGAUGGACAUUUUCCAGAACCACAACUAUUGUUUAGAACCAACAGUGAAAUUUUUAAAUGCUAUUCUUGAAGGAGAACCUGUAAAAAGAGUGAUAGCAGGAGACUUUGUUCACUCAGCUGAAAACACCACCUCUCGUACCACACAGAAACACAAAGAUAAAAAGACAAAGAAACCAAAAGAGACUGAGGGCACGCAAAGCGAACAGUCUCUCCAGGACCUGGAAUACCCAAUAUAUGAGGACUACAGGGCAGAAGCUCUUUUGCACCAACAAAAGAGGAUGGACUACUACAUGAAGGCAAACGAGGCUUAUCAAUUGGGGCAAAAAAAUGUUGCUACUUUUUAUGCCCAGCAGGGGAGUAUCCAUGAUCAGAAGAUGAAAGAAGCCAAUCACCUUGCUGCUGUGACGAUCUUUGCAUCUGUCAAUGCCUCUCUGCUGCCACAGAACGUGCUAGACCUCCAUGGCCUGCAUGUGGAUGAAGCAAUAGCACACUUGAUGGCAGUUUUACACCAGAAAACUGAAGAAUUCAGGCAGAGUGGUGGCAAGCCCUAUCUCAGUGUGAUCACUGGGAGAGGAAACCACAGCCUGGGAGGCGUUGCUCGCAUCAAACCUGCUGUUAUUAAAUACCUCACCAGUCAUGGCUUCAAGUUCUCCGAAAUUGAACCAGGGUGCUUGAAAGUCAUGCUAAAGUAAAAAUAACCACUUGACUUAGGACUGUGAAUGUUCGUAGGUAAAAAUUAAUUUUAUUUGCCACAAUUUAGUCGGUUCCACUGUAGAUAAAUGCUUUAUUAGAAAGUUUCCCCUUGUAAAAAGAGAGAAAGAAUUGCCAGAAUUCAAGAGAAUUUUAUUUUUUUAACUGAACCACCUCCCAAAUAUAUUGCUCACUAACAAUAUUAAAAAUUUUAAUAGAUUAGAAAAUGUUUGUGAAAAAUUUUAGCUACAGUUUUAAGAUUUCAUGUUGUCUGAUUUGUUCAGAGAAAAAAAUGUUAGUUUGUGUACCACGAGUCGUGAUAUUUUGUAGAGGCCAAAGGCUCUGAUAAAGGGCAAAUAAUGUACUUCGAAGCAGGAUUCAUGCCUUUCAAAUGCUUGUGAUUAAAAAAAAUUAAACAUUAGAAGUAGUAGUAAAAAAAGGAGGUCUGACAAAAACACUUGUAUUCUUCCCUUACCUCAAAGCAGAACACCUGCAGUCACUUCAUUCCGCCACAAGCUGCAGUCAGGAAGCCAUGCUCUUGUACUUUAUCUGUUUCUGUGAUCUCCGUCUUGUACCUGUGUCCCUUUCUUCUUUUUAUGUGUGCUGUGUCUUCUGGGAGACAAGGUGAAUCUGAGAUCACACUACAGUGUUAAACCUUUGACAGGAAGAAACGUUUUCAAAGAAGGGACAAGUAGUUAGCUAUCCAUCAAAUAUUGCUGCCUUUAGAACUGCUUCUAGAAUUGUCGGUGUAUAUGGCAUGUAAGACACUACUAAAUAGCUUUAUUUUGUAUUUGAGGCAUGUAAUUUGUAAACCACAGUAAGUACAAAUCCUAUUCACUUGAAACAUAUAGAAAACCUUUUUAAUCAAACUGUAAAAAAGAAAGCAUUGUAAUUUUUUAAAACAUUUUUUUUACUUUGAUGUUUUCUUAAAGAGCCAGCUUUCUGAAAAUAAACGUUCAUUGACUUAUUUGGUGAACUAUUAGUAUCUUAGUGAUAAUCCCCCUGGUACAAGUUCCAUGUGUCUCAAGCACAAUUUUCCAGUAUGAGAUAUAAAGGCUUAAAUAAAUUCGACUUUAGAGAUGGAGAGUAUUUUCAACAUAAGUAAGUUUAGCAAACAACUACAUUGCUUUUAUUUUUAAGCUUAAAAAAUUAUUUGAAUCAGAAUUGAACUGUUAGAGUGAAUCAUGCACUACACAAUGAUUUUGCAAACAAACAAAUAUUUGAAUGAAACUAAAACUAAAAAAAAAAAAAUCUCCAUUUUUAUAUUUGAAUGCAUCUAAGAGAAGCGCCUUAUCAAGGAACUUUAUUUUACAACAAUCAGAACAUGUUUAUUAUUCAGAAGUGAUUAAUGAAUGGCAUCAAAACAUUAUUCACAUUCUUAUGUAUGUAAUCAUUUGUUUAAAAAACCUGAAGAAAUGUCAGCAAUUUAGUGUACAUUUUUUGGUAAUGUCUGUGAGAAUUGUAUACAUUAAAAAUAAAUACAGAACUGCAAUAGAUAAUUAGCAAAAGCAAACAUUCCUCUGUACAAUGAAAACCCGAUUAUAAGAGUGUUUCUAGCUUUUAUACAUACUUGCUGUGUUUUUACAGUUCCUCAUACAGUGUUAUUUUAAAACAUUAAAAAAAGUGUCCUCUGGCGCCCUUCAGUUAGACUUACCUCAGCUGAAUGGAUGAAUGGAGGACAGUAAAAAAGACUAGAGGUGCAGUAUUUUGUGAGUAGAAGCCAAAUGAAAGAACCAUGUGUCAACGGGAAUUUCAUGCCUUUUUUUGGUAGAUCAGCUAGCAUUUUUUAAACAUUAUUACUUCAUAGGUAGGCUCACUUUGAACAUCAUAUGUGCUUAUAUGACAGUGCUGAAGCCUAAAUUGUCUCCUGUUUAUACUGACUGGAGCACCACAUAGACUGAGAGUUUUAGACUCCUUUUUUCUCUGUCCACUUCUAGCUAGUUCCGGGCUAUUCAAGUGUUGUAGCAAUACAUGCUUCAUGAGGAUGAUAUGUUGUAAAUAUAAUUGAUACUUUAAAAUAUUUUUAAAAGUCUAUUUUUGUAGUUUGGAGAUUGUUUCCUAAGAAUUCCGUCUUCUCAAUAGUCGCAAGGGUACUUACCAGGGAAAAAGAAGAAGAAGAAAGAACUGAUGUGAUUUUGUGGGGGAAGGAGGAGGGCCACUUUUAGCAGUAUUUUCAAUCCUCCCAGCUCCUUACUCCAACGUGAGAAAUGGAAGCAGCUUUUCUUAACAUUUAUUGGCCACUCCUGUGUCUGUGCGAAUUUUCAAUAGCAUCUUCUUCAAAGUAUUCGUAUUUCUUUAUUAUUGACAAUUGUAUGGUCUGUAAAUAUAAGAUAAUAUUUUACAGUUAGAAAUUGUGACUUACUUUAAAGUGUCUUGUAUGCCUUCUGUGAAAAAGGAAAUGAAGUCAAACAAUUCUCUUGGAAUUCGUUUCCUGCCUUUAGUGUGGCUAUUUCAUUGUGAAUUCCACCGUGUUGUAUGCUUAGAGACGGACAGGUGCAACAGCAGGACUGGUUUUCUCUGUGCUGGAAAUUGGAAAAUUGUAAACUCAGGAUUGCUUUGACAAUGUUUCUGAAUUUAAGAAAGUAACAAAAUAUAUUUUAAAAAGAACGACAAAGAAUGUGUAGUAUUUUUUACCAAGUGCUUUUAAAAGUCUUGUUUCCACUCUGCAGUGGAAUUUGGUAACUUUUCUGCAUAGUGGUUAAAUAUUGUUCAUUUUUAUUUAUAUGGUGAAAUAGAUAUAAAUGUUCACGUAGGUAGUGUAAGUUUAUGUAGAAUAUAUGUCAGUGGUGCUUAUUUUUCAAGUGUAAUUCAAGUUUACAGUAUUAAUUUAAUACCUCUCCAGGAUUUAAUAGGGGAACAAGAACAUAUCUAUAUAUUGAAGAGGCUUUCAUAGCCUCCUAUACAUGGGGAUUUGUGGCCCAAGUGAUAAACCUGUUAUUAACAAUGUGAUUUAAUUAACUAUGACAUUUUGUAUAAAGAUACAAUAUUGCAGCUAUCAGUUGGAGAAUAUACGACUUUCAGGCAAAAUAGCAGAAACAAACUGUUCAUUCGUACUGUAAAGAAAUGUAAUUUUACUGUUAACUCUGUACUUUUCAUUGACUUCUUUUACAAUUGUGAAAUUUCUUGUGGGCCAUUUUCAAAUUGCAUGCUUAACUUAAUAAAGCAUUUAAGCCACA